AUUACUUAAGCAUUGUCAAGAUUAUUGGGCAUGACUAAAGGUUGAUCCAAGCACUGGCGCUUGUUAGCGUCUUGAGCUUACCAAGUAGGAUGACGGAGCUAUCCUGUUCGUUUGAUGCAGGCCUUGACCACUCAUCAUGAUUACUCACUAAGAGUAAUGCAAUGACCACUACCCAGCCCCUCCGUAAUGCAUGAUGCGGUGUACCGAACGGGGUGUAGUGCUCUUAAAAGUCGUUCGAAUUGGUUCUCUUCGAAUCUAACAAAGCUUCCGAAUCAUCAUGAAAAAGUCGACUCUCGCAUAUGUGAUUGAUCAAUGGUCGGUGGUGCCCCCAGUGGAAACAGCUGAUCUAUCUGGGAAAACAGUUCUUGUCGUCGGCGCCAAUGUAGGCAUUGGACUCGAGGCAUCAAAACACUUCGCCCGCAUGCGACCAGCGCGGUUGAUAAUUGCCUGUCGCAGCGAGGCCAAGGGGAAGGUCGCUUUGGCUGAAAUCGGACAAGAGACCGGAUACAAUGGAUGCGAGCUCUGGAUAGUCGACCUUGCCAACUUUGCAUCAGUGACCGCAUUUGCUGAUAAAUUCGAGAAGGAGGGCGGCGACCUGCAUAUCCUGGUAAUGAACGCGGCGAUCGCGUUGCCCGAUUAUCAACCCACUGCUGAUGGCUGGGAGGCCGUACUACAAGUCAAUUAUCUGGCAACAUCAUUGUUUUCGUUGCUCCUCAUUCCGCAGCUAAUUGCUGCGGGAAGAAAGUCUUCAACACCUUCACGGAUGGUAAUUGUAUCUAGUGGUGUCCUCUACUGGCUCACACCCGCACAAGAGAUCAAGACUUCCUCGAAACCACUUAAAACGCUGAGCAGCGAAGAGUGGUGCAUCCCCAAGCACAUGCAAUCCCGGUAUCAAGAGUCAAAGCUGUUCAACCUCUUCUUUGUUCGUGCCUUGACGAACAGAUUGCAAUCCGUCACACCACUCACUUCCGUAGCCGUGACGCCAGGAUUCUGUUAUUCACAACUACGCCGUGCCUGGUACGAGAAACCGACCUUUUCAUUUGUCAAAAUAGCGCUCGCUAUUCAGGAGCGUCUCCUGGCGUGGACGGCCGAACAAGGCAGCCGUCAGCUUAUAUUUGGUGCGGUGGGCGGACGAGACAACGAAGAGAAUAUGAAAGGCGGGUUCGUAAGCCGUGGUCGCCUAGUGGAGGUCGCCGAUUUCGUGCUGAGCGACGAGGGUCAUGAAAUGCAGGACACUGUUUGGAAGGAGACGAUAGACAUUCUGACCGGCGUCUCCGACAAGAUUGGUCCGAUAAUCCAAGAUUACCUAGUAGUACCUGACUCGUCCAUAACUUGACAUGUAUAUAUGACGUAUCUGCAGAAUAGUGUACGCCUUUUGAUAUGUUGUUCUUUGUACUUGUCGACUCUUGCGAUCUUGUCUCCUUUAUGCCAGAAACAGUAGCAUCUGCAGCUCUAGUAUUAUUUGUAGUUCAAGUCUGUUCAGGUAACCCAAUCCCGGGGUGAGUUUCAGCCCAUUCGAGACGUUCGUCCACCCAAGUCUCACGGUCAUUAGAAGCCCAAACGCUGACCUGGAAG